ACUUUUUCAAAGUCAUCCAAACGUAAAAUCAGUUACGAUCUGAUUUUGACGUGAGAUAGGAUUGAUUCGGUGGUUGUGAUUGGCACGACAUGAGUGGAUUUACAGUGAGGUGAAAAGUAGAUGAGGAAUUUUAAAAUUUUGUUGGAAGCUUAUAAUUCUACAAAAUGAGGAGCUGGAUAGCAUUUUUGCUAUGCAUUUCAGUGGAAAUUGCAGCAGUUUCUCAAAAGGAAGUUAUUGUGACAAUGCAAACUAAAAGAUGGACUCAUAUCUUGAACGACCAUUUCUUGAGUUUAACAGUAACUCCAGAGAUUGCACUUCAGCUCGAAGAUUUCAGCAAAACGACAAUGAACAUGAUGAAAGGUCUGUCACCGACGAUGGUGCGACUGGGAGGACCUAGCACUGAUAAGAUGAAAUUCGUACCCGAGAAAUUCACCACAGAUAACUUUACAAUCACAGAGGCACAAUGGAAGCGACUGAACCAGUUCAUUGAAGACGUGAACAUGCAUCUGAUAGUCUGCCUCAACUCCAAAGACAGAGUGCACGGUGUUUGGGAGUCUCAUGAUGCAGUCGAACUCAUCUACUCCUCAGACAAAAACCGAUACAAAUUAGGAUGGGAGCUUGGCUACGAAUCCGAAAAAUUGCAACAAGAUGGAGUAUCCGGCUCACAGUUGGGAAGGGACGUGGCACGCUUGAAGAAGAUUCUGGGUGAUUUUCCAAUGUACACUGAUUCACCAAUAAUUGGGCCCGAUAUGAAGUCUCUGUCCUCUCCCGAGCAAGUGCGAUUUCUCAGAGAGUACCUCGAGGAAAGCGCAGACUUUCUUACGGCGAUCACCUGGCAUCCGCAGUUUUCUUCCACCAAUCCUGAAGACGAGGAUGUUGGUCAUAAAUUCCUGAAAAUUAUUCAUGAGAUGGACAACCAGAUUUGGAAUAGAAACAACGGUCUCCGUUCACCAAUACAACCACCACCUAAGAAACCUAUAUGGCUGGCUGAAUCAGACAAUGAUGAGUACACAGGGAAAUUCGCUGACUCACUAACAUGGAUGAAAAGGCUGGGAGCCGCCGCUCGACUGGGUUUUCCGGUCAUUAUGAAAAAAAUGACAGCUACAUCACUUACCACUCCCACUCCAGAUUACUGGGUAUCGCUGCUGUACAAGACACUGGUGGGUCCAGCCGUGAUGGACGUGAAGUACUUUGCGGGCACCAACCGGAGCUCUCUGCAGGUGUUCUCUCACUGCGCCCAUGUGGGCGACGAGAGUGGAGGCGUUCUGCCUCCCAACCUUCGCUACACCCAAGGCGCAACCGUGCUCUAUGGACUCAAUCUGGAUGACCAGGAGACUAGGUUGACGGUGAGAGGCAAUAUGAAGGAGGAGGCGGUACACAAGUACGUGCUCACUGCUGCUCAACUUGAGGAGGAGAAGGAGUUCAGUGAUGAGGAGGAGGAGGAGAAGCUGAUCCGGAAGAAGCGCCCUUCACCUCAGAAAACGCUUCUGAACGGGAAACUGCUAUCUCUUCUGCCUAGUGGUGAGCUCCCUACCAUUUCACCGAUUGAGAUGCGACCGACUCGUACGUUAUCAUUCAACAUCCCUGAACGCUCUGUCUUCUUUUUCGUUCUCCCCGACAUGAAACUGAAAACUUGCAUGUCUUUCACGAGCACCAUUCAGAGCCCAAUUGAAAAAGUUAAUACUCUAGAGAAAGGUUUGAAUUUGAAAAGUAGUAAUCUAGGAUCUGAAGAAGGUCCCAAACUAAAUUUCGGAAAUAACAUACUAGAACCCAGGAUAUCUAAUGAGGGACCCAAAUUGAAUUUUGCUCCUGUUGGGAAUAACAACAUACUAGAAUCUAGGUUGUCAAAUGAUGUAGUAAAUGGAGAACCUUGGAAACCUCCCAGUUUUGGUGUAGGUUUGAGAGGGAGACUCCCAGAUGGAAGACUAAAUAGAGGGUUGAUAGGUGUACCUAAGCCUCGUGUUGUAUUGGAGAGUAGCAAUAGACAUGGAACAAUCGACAGAGAGAAUGUACUACAGGAUCAUAGUUCGACCUACAAUCUGAAACCUAUGGGGAAAACAACGGAAAACGAAGAGGACUUUGACAAGGAAGGAACAGAAAAUGAUAUGGAAUUGAUCACUGAUAACGGACGAGCCAUAACUAACACAAGGUUCGUUAUGUUUUCGGACGAUGAUUGGUUAUCAGAUUUUGCGAAAGCGCAAGAAUCGGUGGAACUUGCUAGGAAGGCGAUCGCAGCAUUCGAUGAAGCAAAACUUUACAGAGAUCAACAACAAGAAUCUCUAAAACUACCGCAAAACAGCUUCGAGGAGCGAAUAAUGAACCAGAAAAUGUCGCCGGCUAGAAGGAGGAUAUAUGAAGCACUUAUGAAGAAGAAUACAAGUAAAGAAUUUGAUCAAGGUUUAAAAAAUUCCGCAGUAUUCAUAAAUGGGAGUGAUGACAGUAAAGAUGAGAAAGUUUACAACAGAGAGAGGAGAGAUAAUAUGAUACAUGAGUCGACUUUCCAGAGCAUUGAAGAGUCUUCAGCUAUAGAUAACAAGUUACUGAAAAGUGGAUCUGAUAAUAAAACCGACAAUCAAACUGAAUAUACAACUUCAAACAUCAUACCGAAUUUAAAAUCGAAUAAUACUGUUAAUACAACUUCAAAUAUCAUGCCGAUUUCAAAAUCAAAUGACACUGGUUAUAAAACUUCAAAUAUCAUGUCACUUAUAAGAUCUAAUGACAUAGUCAAAAUCACACCUAUACAAAAUAACCGAACACUUGAGGAAACUCCCAAUGUAAAUAAUUCUAGUAUCGUUAAACCUUUGAAAAUUAUGAGUUUGGUGAUCAAAAUAUAAGUGUCAUACAACAGGACGUGAAGGAAAACAGUGGUAGUAUUGUGAUUUCGGAUAGCCAACCAGAUCCUGAAAAUAUCGAGAUUGAUGAGAUGGUACUAAAAGGAGAUUCAAAAGAGGAACGUAAUUGUUUUGGACUCAUUGAGAGUGAUCUGAAAGUUGUCACUGAGAAUAAUACUGAAGAUAAUGAUGAGAUACUGAAGCAGAAAGCUGAAAGGGAGCUGAAUAACUAUUUCGAAGAGAUCAGGAAUGGCGAAGUUUCAUUGGAUGGGAUUGAUGAGUCAGGUGAAUCAAUGGAGAGUUAUGAUGGGGAAGAUCUUCAACAACAUACAAUAGUGCUUGAAAAUGUUCAUGAUAAAAGUUGUAAGGCUUCAAAUAAAUCAAAAGAUGUUUCCAACAACUCAGAAAUAUUGAGUUUGGAUAAUGACACUUUGGAGGAAGUGAAUUUUGAUAGCGAAAGUACGACGAACCAGGAGUCAUCAACAAGAGAGAACAUUAAUCUUCAAACAACUGAUUUGCCGGAGGAAGUUGUCCUCUCAGAGAAUGACAGACGUGCGGACAGAGGACGUCGAGAAAUGUUUGGCUCGCCUUUCAAUUACUAUAACUCCCGAUACAACGCGCCUAAUCAACUAACAUUACGUGAGAUCAAGGAGCUCAUUGAUGAGUUGGCUGCUAGAAAGAGAGAGCUCAACUAUGUCAUGCUCAACCAGAGAAAGACUCCUGAACGAGUAAACAACUUCGAAGAAAGUAUAUCAGAUCACACAGAAAUUUAUGAAGACAAUGAUUCAUCCACGGGACCUAUGCGGAUAACAAUUGAAGACACGUUUGUGGGUACUGAGUCUCCCCAAAAUGAUUAUGGAUUAGAAUCUGCUAACGAGGACCUCUCAAAUGUUCGAUACAGCAUUGUUGAUGAUGAGACCAAGUUGGAACAAACUAAUAGAUUGUAUAGACAGCCACAAACUGAUAAGAUAAACGUGGAAAAGAUUGAAGGCCCCGAAGAUAUAAAUCUUGAAGAACACAGAGAUGAUAGUGAAGUGGGAGCUUCAUUAAUUUCGAAACCUAAAAUUGAAAGUUCUUCUCUUGAUAUUUCAAGCAAAGAUGAAACAUUCUCAGGGGAUGAAAUUGAGCCUGGAAAAAUAACAGAAGGUGUUGUUCCUCUUUCAUCAACUAAACAGGAUGAGUUUAUUGCGCCUUCGAGAGCAACAGAUGAUGUUUCUCUAUCAGUAGCCAGGGAAAAAGAUUCUGAAAGUGAGAAACCUGAUGACAAAGUUUUGGAGAAAACUGCAGACUCGAUGGAUGGUGAUGUUCACUUGACAGAGGUGAAUAAUGCUCCAGAAAUCCCUGCCACUCAUUCAAAAGUAAUGUCAAUAGAGAAAGAAGAUGAGAAAAUUUCAAAGAUAGAGAAGGGUGCAGAGUUGGGGAGUGUGAAGUCGGAAAAGGUUGCAGCUCCAAUAAGUACCCCAAAAAUCAGUGCCACACAACUCCGUAUUGAAGCAUUGCGGAAACGUAUUUUGGAAAAUAGGAGGAAGUUACUAAAGUCAAGUCAGAUACCACCUACCCUCAAUAAGUCUCCUGAUACUCUCAAGAAAGCACCUAUUGUGAAAAGUAAUGUUGCUGAUGUGGCAGCUGAUGAUAAAAAAGUGUUAUCAAGAUCUCUAGGAGAAGAAAAACCUGCUGAAAUUGUAAAGGAGAUACCUAAAUUUGGAAAUAGUGGUAUUGAAUUUGAUGAUAAAAAAGUAUUAUCAAGAUCUCUAGGAGAAGAAAAACCUGCUGAAAUUUUUAAGGAGUUAGGCAUACCUAAAUUUGGAAAUAGUGGUACUGAAUUUGAAGAUGAAAAAGUAUUAUCAAGAUCUCUAGGAGAAGAGAAACCUACUGAAAUUUUAAAGGAAAUAAAAGUUGAAAAUAGUGGUAAGACAGUUGAUGAGAAGAUUGACUCAGGAUACGUAGAAGAAGGAGCACCCACUUGUAAAUCAUCCAGAGCUGCACCAUAUGUUGAAGGGAUAGAAAACUGGAUUGAUAGAAUUGAGAGAGACUCUGAAGAAACAGUAAGGCAGGAUCCAGAAGACG